CCUCCAUUUACAAAAUAUCGCUGGCGAGUUAAAAAUGGCGGCAGCGUCGCGAUGUCCUCUCUUGUGCCGACGCCAACAUCGAUUUUGUGGGUGUCAUGCGCAUGCUACGCGAGUCGAAUCACAAACUACAGAUUCUCCUCGUCCAACAACCAACACAUAUCCACAGACUAGCCUCUUAAACAUAUCAAAUCCUUUCCGACCAAAAAAUUUUUAAAAUAAAAAAAUAAAUCAAAUAUUCAAAAUGUAGUUUUUUUUUCUUUGAAACCUAAAGUGGCGUAUUCAUUUGGAUAUGUUUCGGUUUUUCGCGUUUUCCGUGACUUAGUGACUUAGUGGGUUUUUAUAGUGAAACAAUUUGAACAUGAUGUUGGGAAAUAGAGGACCAGGACCCCCAUGGACGCUUUUGGUUCUAUUUUGUGUUCUUUUCGCUAUUCUACCAUCAGAUGUAAAUGCGGAGAAAACUAAAAAAUACUCCAUGCAAUCUUUAUGCAAGAACCAUUUUCUUCAGAACUUGUACCGGAAAAUAGAUGGCGCUUUACUUUGGUCGCAAAAUGAGAGAAAUUUGGACUGCAUCAUAACAUUUCAAACUCAUUCGAUUCUUCAGAGAUUCAUGCUUCGAUUUGAUUUUCUUCAGUUAGAUUGUAAUGAUCAUUUAUAUAUCUACGACGGCGCUCAUGCAGUAGGAACAUAUAAAUUUGAUCUAUCUUGCAAGAAUACGAAACAAAACCUUGGGGCCAUGUUUACACGUACUAAUUACGUUACGCUCAAGUACGUUACAGAUGCGUGGGGUACAGACUCCAACGGAUUCAAACUUGUUAUCACAGCUGUCAAAGAUCCCAAGCACGCCUGCACAGAGUAUCGUUGCAAUUUGAGGGAAUUUUGUAUAGCAACUGAGCUUGUAUGUGAUGGCAUCAACCACUGCGCUGAUGGAUCCGAUGAAACCUCUACAAAUCUAUGUCAAAAUAACGAUACUGGAAUGAUUUUGGGAUUGGAAAUGACAUGGUUUGUCGUUGUUGUUGUUAGUGCUUUGUUAGUCCUUUUGGUUCUUAUUGUAGCCGUCUCUGUGUGCAUCUGCAGAAUGGGAUGGCCACAUUCCUCCUCUGGAAAUGGUACAGUGCAACAGCAAAAUGCUUCCUAUUCUCUUCAACAAAUGUACGGCUCUAACGGCGCCAUGAAGUCCAGCACCGGUAGCAUGACGACGUUAACGGUAACAACGACGGGCGGUGGUCCAGGUGGAGGUGGCGGUAUCCACCAGCACCAACAGCCGGGAAACUGGUGCCACCCUGCGGGCCCACUAGGGUUCCGCCUCAGCACGCCGGUCCGGGUCCGCCUCUACUGCCAGGCAAAGUGAGAUUAGCACCUCCCGUCAAUGGCGGAGGAGCUGACACCGAACACGUCUCUUCUAGCCAGAAAGACGAGUGGUUCGUCUAGCAGUAGAGUCGACCGGGUCGAAGCCUGCAGGGUGAGUCGAACGCAGAACCCAUCGUUCGGCCAUUAGCACUUCUAUGUAUUUCUUAACUACAUCGACAAUCCACGGGACAAAUUUUCUUAUCGCCGUGCGAUUGCUUGGAUAUUAAAUUAAGUGUAAGGACAUUAUUAAUUAUUACAUAAUUAUCUGUAAAACAGACAGUGCAAUUUUCAGUAUCUUCCUUCCUUCCUCCUUUAUUUCGAAUAUUAUGUUUAUUUUUUUGACAUGAGUAUUUUCAAUGCCGUUUGGCUCAUUAAUAAUCAAAGACUGAUUGAACAACAAUUAUUAUUUUGACAAUAAAUUGUGGUGAAUGAAAAUAUUUGAUAUGCUCGCUAAUAACUAUUUGUACAUCUCAUAAAAGCUUGUGAUUGUAUGAUGAUAAACAGUAAUACCGUUAUUAUUUUUUUGUAAUGAACCAAACGAUAUUAACAAAUAACUCCUAAUCAUUCUAACAACCUCAUUAUCUCCUCAUAAUUACUUUUUAAUUGGAAAAUCUCAACCAAAAAGGUAGGUCUUAGAAUAAAUGGAGACAUUUUGUGAGAGACAAUAUGUAUUAAUAUCCGUACUAUCUAGUAUAUCUGAAAUUACCCUUAUCAGUGUGAAGAUGUAGCCUAAACUAGCUAAUAAAACUAGGUAAUUAUUUUGGAGAGUCAUUUAGGUAGCCAAUACAUUUAUUAAUUCCAGUAAGUCCAGCAGGAAAUUAUGUGAAACAUUUUUCAGUAGGAUAAUCUCGUAAUGUGGAUAUAAUAUAUUCCGUUAGAGGCGCUGAUGCUAACUGCUGUUGACAACUAACUCACAGAACGUGAUUUUUUACGCUUCAUGUGACGUUUUGACAAACAUCACAUAACGUUUUAAAGAAACGUUACGUUAACAACAUGUGCUACGUCCAACGUAUAAUGUCACACGUCACAGUUUAUCCAUGUAGUAUAUUUUGAACUUUUUAAAACGUUCAUGGCUAAUACGUGCAAGUAUAGAGAAAUCAAGAAACAUUACAUUGAAUUGGAUGAAAUUUUGGUACCGUAAAUGAACUAGCCACGUUAUCAACGAUAGAUGUUUGGCUACCUUAUUUGAAAUUUUGUAUAUGUAUGAAAAAUUUUUUGAAAAUUAGGAUUGCGUUUGUAAAGUCACACAGCUCUGUACUGCCGAUAAUAUGAAAAAGAUUUAUAGCUGACGACGCAAAAGAAAUAAACAAAUUAAUAAAAGCCUCACUAAUUUAUAAUUCGACACAAAAAUAAGUUAUUUAAAUCAAGCUACAGUUCUUCAAUUGCUUGAACAGAAUAACGGCCGGUUCAAACUAUUUCCUGUCAAAUAUUCGAGAAAAACUUGAAAUUCUAAUUGUAUUAAUUACAUAUGUAUAAGUAGUAUUAAAUUGAUUCUUCAAUAAUUCUUUUCUUCCAGACAUGUAUAUACAUCAUCCAUAUACAUUGAUUAUUUGUGUAUCUACUGCCGUUUUCGAAGUAAUGGUGUACAAAACAAUAUUUCACCUUCAUAUCAAACCUGUGAUUAGUUGAUGAUUUCAGCUAUGAAUAUGAUGUCAAGGGCGUGGUGAACGACAUUUGGUUCAUAACAUUAGCCUUUCGAAUCUAUACUGAAAAUUUUUUUUGACACGAAACUGCAUCCAAAUAAUAUCAAAUUUCCAGUAGAAAUAAACGUUAUUCUUACAAUCGGCAUUUUUACCAAACUAUUAAGUUUUCAUUUUAUUUCGUGUUUUCCGAAAAUACAACAAAUGAAAAUCUACGAAAAAUAUUGAUUUUUGAUUAAUCACUUUUCGAAUCUGAGCUCUCGUCUUUUACAUAUAUUAUUAUUGUUUUAAUAUCUUUAUUGAGUAGAUAUUUAUUCCAAGCCUAAUAAUUCUUUCUAUAUAUUUAUAACAUGUUAAUUAUCAUAUCUCUUUCUACUAAUAUAAUUUUAUAAUUAUGUUUUCCAUCUGUUCAAAAUUAACUCAAUAGCAUUAAAUUUAUAGUAAGAUCUACCCCAAUAGAAAGCUAAGAAUGAUAUUCGUUCAAUAAAAAUAAAUCAAUUGUUGAAGGUGGAUAUUGAAGGUAUUAAAUGACGAAUCUUACAAUUUAGAUAACUUAUUUCUGUCUUUUAAAAUUUGUAAAAUUCAUUUUGAAGAAAUAUAUCAUAUUUAAUCAUUUAUGCAAGGCGUGCUGUUCGCUUUUCAAAGAUAACUGGACCAAAUGUGCAAAUCACCAGUGUAUAUAUUAUUUCAUACUAAGCUAAAUUUACUUUUUUUACAAAAAUCCAGUGAAAACCAAUUAUAUACGAAAUUUGAAAAAUAGUGCAGAUUGAUCAACUGUAAUGAUCUGCUAGAAUAAAACGUUUCUACCUUUAAUUCGUUAGCGUCCUCAGAUCAAACUUGAAUUCGUUCACAUAAUUAUUGUAUAGAAACAUUUUCUAUGCGUUUGAUCACUAUUUGCUUUCAAUAUGACAGAUUUUAUAAUGACGUUGCGUAUUGCUGUUUGGAGAUUGCUUCGGAAAGUAAAAAAAUUCUAAUACGCACACAAUCCAUAGACAAAUAUGAUGACACGAUGUAAUGUAAUAAGAUAGACAAGGAACACUUCUAUUUGUAUAGCACUACAAAGUCUUAAAAGGACUAAAAUGUAUGUAGGUUAAUGAAAAAAUACUCUAGACGAAUCUUAUGAAAAUGGUCGAAAAUUAUUUCAGGACUACGUCUUGCUUUAGUCUGUUUCUGUGCACUUACCACUUCCUUCGAACAAUUAAUAAUUUAAAAAAACUGAUUAAAAACAAGCCCGAAGUUUAAAGCUAAACAUUUUAUUAGAAAAAUUAUAAAACACUUGUAAAAGGGGAAAAAUAAAUAUUUUUUCUCGACUAUUUCCAUAAAACCGUUCCUCACGUAAGUAAAUGUAUAGAAAAAUAUAAUUUUUGUUAUAAUCGUAAGUUUUCAUGUAACAAGUUUCAGUGAAAGUUUUAUUUAAAAGGUAUUUGUCCUACAUUAAUAUGCGUGAAUAAUAUAAACUGAAAAUAUAUUAUUUCAUGUCAACUUGUAUAACAAGUAUUGGCAACGCAAAAUUUCCUAUUCAGGAGCAGUAUUGAGGUAGGAUUUUAAUUAUUAAAUAUUAAUUUGUCUUUAAUAUCUUUUUAUAUGUUGUAAAUAGAAGUCUGUGUAGUAGAACUUGAACCACUAAAAAUUGUAGAUAUUCGAGUAAUAUGUAAAAGAACAAAUAAUGCAUGCCAUAAAAUCAAAUCUUUAAUAUACUUUAUAUAUGCUCAAAACCCCUAGACUACGCCUCUUCAAGUUAUUAGGGCACUUCUUGAUGUUUACAAGCACUGCUCGAGUUAAUAUGACAACAUUUUUUGGACUUUCGAUUUAACUGCGUUGAUAUGAAUUAUUGAGCAUACCGAUUACCCUGCCGAUGAAUGUUCUAAACAUAUUUGGCCGCAGAAUGAGCACGCUUUGUUUUUAUCUCCUCAACCAAUAAAUUCAUUGCAAAAUUAUGUCUUUCAUUAACUACAUCUGCAUCAUAUUGACUCGAACAAGUUUUUUUCGCAACAUCUACAUACAAUCAAUAAAAUUCUUUUCAAUAUAAAUGUUUGAGCUCAACAUUUCCAUUUAUUCAUCUAGUGAAUUUUAAAGAAAGUAUUUGCUUAUAAGGACACGUCCCAAAAAUUUUCUUGCUUUAUAUCUAAGGAAUUUGCUAAUUUAAUAAAGUAUGUUUUAAACAAUGAUGAUUAUUUGGCAUGCAUUCAACUUGCCAAAUAUUGUAAUCUGUAUUAUGAUCUUUCUACUGCUACUAACCAGUAUUCUUAGUGUAUUCACUGAAAUUUGUUUAUAUUUGGUGUCUCAGAAGUUUAUUCUUUGAAAUGACGAGUUGAGGUGAGGAUGAUGAUACUAUAUAAGUGGCAUGUAAAAUACAUCGUAUUUGUUUUUAAAUACCACAAGAGGUUAUAAACUUUUUCUUAUUGAGGAGCAGAAGAAGCAAACGGGAUAAGUGCUAAAAUUAUUAAAGAGGAAUUUAUAAAGAAAGACUUCACGUAGAAAAAGAACUCUUUAUAGGCAAUUAUCCGUUUAGUACAUUAUUCUUGUUCUCACUAACCUUAUUUAUCUGAUAGGUGGUUAAUUAAAAUAUUAUAUACCGGUGUUUGUUAAUCUACUUUUGGUUUGAUAACUUUACUAAGAUUUUGUAAGUUUUUUGGUUCCAUGGUACGCUUUUUUUAGAUUAUGGCGGAAUCCCCAUCGCACUGACCACUUAACAGAUAUCUAUGUUUAAAUGGAGUUCACAACUCACCAAAAAUACUUAAACAAACACAAUCAUUCGGUUUUUAUUCUAGGUUGUCACUCCAAAUAACAAUAUUCUUUCUAAAUAAAAUGCUUAAAUUUGGAUCGCGAAAAAAACAAGACGUUAUGCAUGAUUGUUGGUUUUGCCCAAAGUUGAUUCCCAAGGUAUAGCAUGAAAGCUGGAUGAAAUAGAACAUGUCGGAUUGAGUUGAUGUAGGUACGAACUUGACUUGCUUCUGCCUUCCGAUGGUCGAUUUCAAACUUUCCUGUUUGACUUUUUUCAGUUUGCGCUUUUCAUUCGUAAAAAAGAGGAGUCACAUUUACAUCUGGCGUUACUUUUAGGUGUUUUAAUAAAACAUUUAGUACAUUUCAUCUUUUUUUAUAAUGGUCUUCAAAUGUAUUUAUGAAAGUGGAUUUACAAGCAACCGUAAUAUUAUCCUCCCAUCCAUUAAUUGCAACGUCAUGAAUCCAUUCUGAAGUUCAUUAUUCGCUACAGCGAUAUAUAGUAUGAACCGACGAACCACACAGUUAUACAGUGAUACAUACUAUGACACUUGACACCUUCGAUGUAGAAACGACCACACGCUUGUAUAAAGCGCCAUCUAACACCUGAUUGAUUUUUGACUACAUCCAAAUUCCUGGCAUUUUUCUCGUUUGAUAGGAUAUAGUCGAUGGCACAUAGAUCCUAUUUCUACAAAUACCUAAUUUUGAGAGAAAUUGGCACUCAAUCCCUUUGUUACAUUUGCUCGACCAAAAUUAAUUACAUUGAUAAUGCGAGGUCAGAUAAUACGUAAUAAAAGAUCCAAUAUCAAGUUCCCAGCUGUCCAAAAGAAAAAUAUAUGGGGAUAGGAAAAACCUAGACAAUUUAAAUCAGGAUAACGUACUGAUCAUGAAGAUUUUUACUUCGAUUUACAUCUAGCCAUUUACCAUUUACCAUAUUGGUAAUUGAUGCAUACUUGUCCAAAAAAUCUCUUUUAGACUGUUUGUAUAUUUGUUUUCAUAAUAAAUUUGUUUCAGUAUUUUGAAUCAAUCAUAAUGCGUGACGUUUGUAUCUAAUAUUUGAUGUGGAAUAUAGACAUCGAUAGCUUUUGAAGACCUAUCGAGACAGAAUUCGUACAAGUUGAAUUUUUUUCUUUCUACCUACUUCUCGUUUCAACGCAUGAAUUCUGUGACACCUUCAGAAGAUUAAAAUACCUUGAAUCUAAAUUUUUCGUACAAUUUUUUACUGUAGUAUCCUUGAGUACGUCUGUACUUGUAAUCUAUAAGAAUUUCUAGUCAAACCUAGAGCGCUUACUAAGAUAAUUGAAUAUAGUAAAAAAUUGCUUAUUUUGGUAAUCAAUUGUUGCUUUUUUACAACAGCUUGUGAGCAAAUCUAAUCGUUUAAUUCAUAUCGUAUCGUUUUAAAAGCAAUAAUAAACAUAUCAAUAUAUUUUAUAUGCAGGUUAAGAGCUAGAGAACAAUAUGUUUGAUAUAAAUACUUGAUUUUUCGUCAUAAAGAGGAAGGAAAUACACGCCAGUCAAUCAUGACAAUAAACUAAAAAAUUAACAAUUUUUUUUCCUAUUUAUACAUCAAUAAUAUUUGAUAUUAUGCAUCAACUGUUGUUUCUCUUUCAACAUAACCUUCUUUUUCUAGUUCUAGUCAUUCAAUUCUUUUUCAAUUUAUGAGACUACAUUUCAAAAUAUUAUUUAAUUAUAUAACUAACAUUGUUACACCAAUCCUAUGCGGUGCGCCAGUUGUAAAAACAAAAGUUUUGUAGACAGUGUUAUCAAGUUUUUACAGCACAUUAAGUAUAAUUGUUAUUCAUCAAGUUCGUAUUUAUAUUAGACAUAUUGAUCCCAGGCUCUAAAGAUGUUUAAAUUUUGUAAAAUAAGCCCGCAUUUAUAUAUUUCUAGUAACUGUAGUCAUAUCUUUUGGUAUACAAAGAUUUACUCACGAGCCGGUACGGGAUUUAAUGAGAAUGUUUUAAACAAAUUGUUAGAUUUAAUCAUUUUAUGGGCUUACAUAUUUAUCACGAAUAUAAUUAAAAAGAUCGAUUCAUUUCAUCUUUUUUAUUUAGAAAAUUCUCACAAUUAAAUCAAAGUAUCUUUCUAUCAAUACUUAUAUAGUAUCGAGAUAAAAAAUUUGAAAAAAUAAUACACAAACCAAUAUUCUGUCAGAUAUCAAAUAAUAGGCUGUAGUAAAUUCCGACCAGAUAGCAGGUAAAUGACCCCUUGGUGUGGUGAAUUCGGCAAGAGAAAAUUGAGAUGCAGUAUUUGUAUAUGUAAACUCGGCCAGAUUUUAGGGUGCUAUUUUAAUACCAAACACCUGCAUUAGAUAUUAGAAAAUAUUUAAAUUGAGUAAUGAAAAUUUAAGUAUACAACUAACAAACUUAUAUAUUAAAAAAUGUUCAAAUUCAUACAAAUACACCAAAAUUUGGAGAUAAUUAAAGAAAUGCUGAACUGAAAACUGAACAUUGUAAAGUACGUAACAAAAUAUUACACGACAUUCAACCAAGCAACGAUUUUACGAACUGAAACCUAACCUAACCUUUUUGGCCGAAUUUACCAGCGAAUUUAAAACGACCUUUGUGAAAUUGUAGGUCAGGUAAUUAAUUUGACCGUAUUUACAUCCGCCGUAUGUGUUUAGGUUAUUCAUGGUUUGGGUAAAAAAUGCUUAAGAGAUACAAAAUUUCAAAUUAAAAUCUACGAAAAUUCUAAAGAUGAAAUGAGUUGAAAUAUAUAUACUUAGCUUGAUGUUACAGAUCGUCCGAAAGCUAGUAUUUUUUAGAUUUCAUUCCACAAUCAUCAGUUUAGUUCAAUACAUAACUAAUAUUGCUAGGAUGCUAGAAAAUUCAUACAAAAACCAAUUAAACCAAUAAAAAAAAUCAUUUUUAUACUCAAUAAUAUGACCGACAUAUUAGUUGCAUAAUAUGAUAUUAUUUAUAUUUAUAAAACUUUUCUAACGACGAAACCGUAUUCAGUAUGGAAAUGAUAGUUGAAUACAGAAGAGUUAAAAACUGUUGACCAAAUGUUAGAAAAACAAAUUUAUGGUCCUUCUUAGCAAAAUUAUUUAUCAAAAAGUCCGUGUGUGUUUAAAUGGAGUACAGAAAAUGUUUAUUUAAUAAAAACGAAUACUGAA